AACCCGGCAGACGCUGAAAGCCACACCGGACACAAUGAUUAACCGCUUCACAUUAUUAUCGGAACUGUGACCUUGACGUCAUGUCAAAGCUACAGAGUCAAGGUGCACACGCAUUUCGCCGCCCCACCGCACGCACGCGCAUGAUCUAUAAAACCUAUACAACUGGACUGUCGACACCAAUCAAUAACUGAUUGUUAAACAAUACACCCAAAAUGUUCAGCAAAAUCGUAGCUUUCGGCGCACUCCUGGCUGCGGCCAACGCUGGCCUCCUCGGCCAUGGCCACGCCGUAUCUUCCCAAAGCAUCGUCCGUCACGACGAGGGCCACUAUGCCCCAGCGCACUAUGCCGCCCCGGCUCACUUCGCCUCAGCUCACUACGCCGCUCCCGUAGUCCACGCCGCCCCUGUCGUCCACGCCGCUCCUAUCGCUCACUACGCCCCUGCUGCUCACUACGAUCAUCAUGAUGAAUACGCUCAUCCUAAAUACGACUACGCGUACUCCGUGGCUGACCCGCACACCGGCGACCACAAGUCACAGCACGAGUCCCGCGACGGCGACGCCGUGCAUGGUUACUACGAGCUAGUGCAGCCCGAUGGCUCCGUGCGCAAGGUCGAGUACACCGCCGAUGACCACAAUGGUUUCAACGCUGUUGUUCACAACUCAGCCCCUUCCAUCCACGCUGCUCCCACCCACGAUUACCACCAUUAUUAAAUUAAAGAAUGAAUGCCUAAUAUGUUAUUUGUUUGAACGCUAUUUAUGUCUUUGUAUGUGUGUGAAAAACUUGUAAAUAAAGUGUAAUUCAAUUAUA